AAAGCAUCUCGCAGUAUAUCCUCUCCAGUCGGAUCCUAAGACUCGCUUGUAUGAUUAGUGAUUCACUCGUGAUAUUACUUGGAUGGAAAAACCUUAUAUUUUCGUUAAUAAAAUUCCAGUUAAGAGUUGGUGGUAAUACAGAAUACGGUGAUUUAAAUAGCAGGAUUUAUUACGAAUUUAUUAGACGUAUCUAACUUAGUUCACGAUUGACAUUCGAACGGAAAAUAUUUUUGAGUAGAUCGACUUAUUAUUGUUCAACGAGUAAAUCAUCAGGAAAAAUGUACAGCAAAACUCACAUUCUACUUUUUUGCUUAUGUUUGAUGAUAAUUGCAACAGCAGGACAACUUUCCAGUAAACCUGGAUUCUGUCCUCUAAAAAGUACCAUCGACAAAUGCAUGCCUAGAUGCGUUAGUGACUAUCAAUGCUCCAGUAAUCAAAAAUGUUGUCCUAACAAAUGUGGUUCUACAUCUUGUACCUCGUCGAGUGCCGUUAACACUGGUAAUGGUUCCAAAGGCUCGUCAAACAGCGGAACCGUUAUAUGUGGUGGUGUAACAUGUAGAACUCAAGAAAAAUGUCAAUUCGAUCGCAAUACUAAACGAGAAAAAUGUGUCCGAGGUUGAGAGAAUUUUCAUAAAAAAUUAUUUCUUACUAAAAGACAUAUAUUUAUGUAACCAAGCAAUAAUGAUAAUCCUUAUAUUUCAUUUAACACUGUUAAAUGUAAUAACUU